UCAUCGGUUUGCCUGGAGGGGCAAGUGCAGCUUUUGCUUCCAGGCUCAAUUUUGCGAUGCGGGGUUGCGCCACAACCCCGCUGACGUCACUCUAAAUGGCCCUUCACUGGCCGGGGCCGGGUAUAUGCGCGCAAGCUGCAGGCAGAGGCAGAGGCGAGAGAGGCUACAGCUGCCUCGCUUGCCUUGGAUCAACACAAAGAGCUCUCCAGCUUCACUCGUGAUGGUUCACUAUUGAUCACAUGUCGAUGACGUAAGAGUUUGGGGGUUUGGGGGAAGAGCUGGAGCUGGAGCUCCCCAUAAAUAGAGCUUCCUUCAACCCCUCUACACCUCUUCCCUUUCGCAUCAACCAACAUUAUCUCAAUCUCAUACUCACAUCAACACAAACACUCAAUCACAAAUCAACCAGAUCAAUCUUCAAUCAAUCAAAAUGGAGUCUGUCAAGGUUCGUACCUCUAUUUGUCCUCCACCUGCCAACCCUUGCAACACGACCUUGGGUUGAUCAACAUCAACAUCUUGAAUCCCUUCACUUCUCGUUCAAUGCUAACCCUUUCACAGCAAGCCGCCAACUACGUCAAGGAGACCGUCGAGGGUGCCGGAUCUCAAGCUUCCAAGGAGGCCAACAAGAACGUCGCAAAGGACUCCAAUGCAAGCUUGGGUACACGCGCAUCUGCUGCUAAGGACGCUCUCGGGGACAAGGCUGAGCAACACGGCCAUGAGACCAAGGCUGAUGUCCACAAGGGUAUGUAA